GUGAUCAUGUCACCACCAGUGAAAUUGGUGGAGCACCGUCAGGUCAAGCAAGUGGUAAGUCAGUUGUUUGCUUUGUUAAUGUGAAUGAAAAAAAGUAACGAACGGAAAGUAACGUGUAGCAAAAAUUACCUCAGGGAACCUCUUCGUGCAAAGCGACUUUUUUAGGUACACAAUUAAGUUAAAAUUUAAUUUUAAAAUUUUAAGGAUUAAAAUCGAGAACAGUAAUGUGAGAAUUGACUCAAAUCUGUAGUCAUACCUCACGAUUUAAAGCAGCUAAAUGCUACGGCGACAAAAAUUUUGCUACAAAAAAUGCUACACAAGUCAACUAUGAGACGAACUCCGCUCGAGAUAUUUUGUCCUGGCUAUACCAAUGCAAAAUUUGAGUGUACUUUACUAUCAUACUACUACCCUAGCCCUUACCCAUAACUCAAAUAUUAACCCAUCCGCACUCAUUUCGCAAGGCUUUCCGCAAGAUUACGUCGUUGCGUCAUUAUUACCACAAACCGCGGAAACUCCCCAAGACGGGUUUCAGAUGCUAAUGUAUAUAUAAUAAUCCAUCUUGCAAAAUUUAUAACCCCGCGCCACAAAAAACAACAACAAACACAAAAAACACACAUAAAUUCAAGUCAUUGGUUUUCUUUGAGAUAUACAGACACAACUAGUGGAGACGAACACCUAUACAAGUCAUUUUUGCGUAAAAACAUGGUUGUGGGCAUCACACUUGAUAGAACUUUACUCUAUCAUAUUUAUCAAUAUAUUUUGUCACACUGGCAACAUAUGUAUUAAGCCGCGGCUACACGGGCGAUAUUUUCCUCGCGAUUUUUUAAAAUCGUCAACUGUGGUGGCUACACGCGAGAAAAAUAUUUUGAUGACACUGGCAAAUGCCGAGCCUCAAUUUCACUCUCGCAUCUCAUUGGCUAGAUAACGGUUCGUCGUGUCGUGUUUUUCAUUUGAGGUGGCUACGCGAGAGAUAAUUUUGUAGACACGACGAAAAAUAUUCAACUAAUUGAAAUUAUCGCGAUCAACUUUGACGAUUUUUCCUGACUGUCGGAUCGCGCGUUCGUGGGUGGCUACACGAAAGAUUUUCGAAAUUUGUUGACGAUUUUAAAAAAUCGCGAGGAAAAAAUCGCCCGUCUAGCCGCGGCUUUCAUGCUCGCCAACUGGAUUCUAUAUAGCUCAGUUAGUUAAAAACGUAAAACCAGGAACGCAGGGCCGCAAGUUCCAUAUCCCUGCAAGAGGUAUAGGUGGAUAAUCCAAGUGAGCAUAUACAUACAUGACAUUGUACAGUGUAUAUACACGAUUAUAGAGACCUAACCUAGGUCCUCUGUCAUGAACUGCCCUGUGAUUCCGGUGUAGCGCUCUAACCAACUGAGCUACAGAGUACCUACAUAUAUAUAUAUAUAUAUAUAUAUAUAUAUAUAUAUAUAUAUAUAUAUAUAUAUAUAUAUAUAUAUAUAUAUAUAUAUAUAUAUAUAUACCGGUAUUCGUACUUUUUAUGUAAACCUUCAACAUAAGUCUGUAUGAGAAUGGCGUUUUUACUUAUAAAGCGCAUUUAUUAAGGCGUAUUCGCGUUUUUUUUCCAGAUAUUACCAAGACCCACAGGAGCAAGACAUAUUUUUCCGAUCUGAAAAAGGAAAUAUAUGCACGUACGUAUAUACAUUACCAAAUAAUAACAAUGAAAAAUAUAUUUCAAGACCACGCAAGCGGGCUGCCAAUGGCCAAAAGCAGAGGAUAUUUCAGAAAUGAUGAAAAAAUUGAACUUUCGAGUAAAAAAAAAUGGUAGGCGAAAUUCUACAGAUAUAUUUCACUUUAUAGUAGGGUGAUAAAAUAAUAAAAAUGCAUGAAAACGUUCAUUUCUACAAUAUAUGAGACCUCGCUAGGUUAAAAUUUAUGUCAAUUCAGAUGCCAAAAAAUAAACUAGCAAGCCACAUUUCUUCUCUAUUUCGAGCACUCAAUAUAAACAAACUGUAACAGCAAAGUUGUUUUCUUGAUGCUGAACAAUCUAUUCGCUUUUUUAGAGAAAAUACGAAGUCUUUUCCCAGACAAACCUAAAUUACGUGAUACAGGUAUGCGCCAUUUGGAAAUUUCACCUACGCCACUAUCAUACAGAAUUAUUUUCAUGGGCACUUUAACCAUACUUAAAAAAAUUCAUUAAUAAUUCAUGAAGAAAACACAAAGAAAAAUCAUAAGCGUGUCGUAUCCUUAUAUGUGAUACAGAUUCAUGUUGAUUUACAGAAACUUUAACUUUGAUUUUCUCGGCUUAGACAACGUUUAUUUUUAAAAUUACUUCGCCAAUGAACUCAUAAGAUGAGUCGUUUUUGUGGGUAGUCGCGCAUGCGCAGCUAAUCACUAUGUGAGAGACUGAAGCGCGAUCUUCCGUUUCUCUGUGGCUCUGUGGCGCUGUGGCCUUCGUGUCCGCGGUGUCCUGCUGCGCGGUUCCUUUUAUCCUUGAAAUACGAACCGUCUAUAGACCACAGGCUAAGUUCACUAUUAACUGGAGGCUAGUUUGUAUAAUAAAUUAGGUUCGUCCCCGACUUGGUUGACAAGACAAUUUCAUUAUUUCUAUAUGAUCCUGAAACCAUUGCCACCAGAUGAAACACAUUAAAUGCGUAAAAUUUCCACAGGCUCACUAAUACAAACAGUUUCAUCUAAUUCACCAAUAGUUCGGUCUGUUUUCCUCACUUUUCCGUGAUAUGGUCUUUCCACGAGCACUUAGAGAUAUUUUCUUUCCCAGCAGCCACCGCAUGUAUAUUUGAUUUACCUAACUGACCAUUUUCGUUCUGCUGUUGUGAAACCACAAUGUAUAUUAUGUCGUAGUAUCAUAAAAAAAUAGUAUUUUGGCAACUUUAAAUCUUUCGUAACCGGCCAUUAUAUUAAUACAGGAAGACUGUUCAAGUGGCGAGGAAUCCAAGUCGAUUGAGUCUGCACGUUUAGUGAAGAAACAAACAGAUAUUGGACUAGCUACAAUAUAUUUUAAAAACAGAAAUAUCUAGUUGAGCACGAGGAAAGAUAUUGAGAAACUGAAAAGGCCGUUAUGAUUAUGUAGUUGAAAUGAUCUUUUGUUGCGAUACAAAUUAGACCGCCGGUUUUUUUUUUCAUUUUAUCGGCACCUUUAGGCUCUAGCCGUGUAAACGGAAAGUCGAAGAAAAAGAAGAAGAAACGGAGAGAUGAGAACGAAGGUUGUUGUUUCCUUUUCUUUUUGAACGUUACUACAUAUAAAUUCUGUCAUGAUUCACUUCAGAAGUCUGAGCAUCGAAAGAUAUGACUCGUUUGAUCUUUAAUGUCUGUGUUUUUGUGUUCUCUUUGACAGAUAUUGAAACAAUCUUACAGCGGUUCACCGUGGACGAUUUAUGUUGAGACGGGAGUAGGUUAGCGUUGCGCAUGAUUUCCAUAUUUAGUCCACAAACACAGAGUUGCAAAAAAAGAUUGCCUCGGGAAGCUCUUGAAAGGUGAACUAGCCAGUGGCUGCUUGAAUAAACUCUUUAUUUAAUAUUUCACAGGGAAUUGGAUCAUACAAAUAAUUCCAUCUAGGACGGAAGCAUAUAGUUGAAAAGCUGGCUUCCUUCCGAACAGGGGAAUGGCUACAUUAUGGUGAGUUUUUUGUGGCUAACCACUAUGUUAUACUGAAACAAGGAUGUCAAUCCACCCUUUUCGAGGUUGACCUGCGGGGGGGCGGGGGGGUAACACGUGUAGUGCGAUGCUAAUUUUUCGGAAAACAAACGACAUUCAGCUUUUCGGUCAUGUUGUAUUAUAAUACUGUAAUAAAUAUUACUUUAAUGGUUAAACGAUAUGCUUGUGCUCCAAAGUACUAUCCAUGUUUAUAUUAUAAUAAUCUUACUUAGUGUUGUUUGUUUGUCCGAAAAAUUAGCACGUGUUACCCACGCAGGUCAACCUCGAAAAGAAUGGCUGUAAGUUAAAGGCAUAGGUGUUAAACUUAUUCUGAUUGGCUUAGAGGGAAUUUUCUCACCUUUUUCAUCCUUUGUUUAUAUUUUAAUUAGUAAUUCUUGUACUUCGUGUUUUUCCAAACAUAUUUGAGCUAUUUAAAAACUUCAAAGAGGUACAAACACUGUAUUCUUGGGUUACAGAGUUUUUGGACUUAUGGGGAAAUUUUAUGGGGAUAUAUGAAGCGAUAAAGUGUAUUUUAGAAGCUUUUCAAAUCCCUGUCAUGAAAUUUCAGAAUUCGCACGCGCCAAGUUCAAUACACUGAUUUUAAACCACAUUAUCUCUGAAAUGAGAGCUCGUUUCGAGACAAAGUUUAUAGAAACAGAUAUAGUAUUCAUUGUAGAGUAUUUACUUAGUUUUAAUACGGUUUUACUCGAAAUGUUUCUUGCCAAAAAUGUAUAUACGCACAUGACAAGUUGAACCUACUGUCUUCUGAAAGUACUUCGGCUAAAAUAACAACUUGAGCAAGACGACCAACAGUAGGGUCACGAAAACAGUCGAAAUCAUGCCAUAAAAUGCACGAAAAGUUCUUCUAAAAACUUAGUUUUAAACUAGAUUGAACUUGCUUUAAUGCUAUAUCGUAUUUCAUGAAAACAUACCACGUAUUUUCAUUCAAAAACACGCUCAAAAACUACUCACUUGGAUUUAGUAUUCAUGUUUCUUGCGAUUACCCACUUCACUUUUCCGUUAGAUUGAAAGAAAUUGCUGUUUUUCUGGUAGACUUGCCCAAGUCGCUCGCUAGGGACCGCACGUAGCAAGAAGGGAGCGCUUGAGAACCACGAACCGCGGACUUUGGAAAGUCUAUUUUUCUGGCUGAAAUUCGCGCAACUUGAUUUGGACAAGAACUUGACUUGAAACAUAUGCACACUCCCUUAUGUUUUACAAUAUAUUUUAUAUGUAAAACUCUUUAAAAACCUCUUCUUUUUCAUCCUUAAAACUUUCUGCAAAGUCCUAUCUUGUGACACUUUGCGGUUGUCACAGGUUUUGCAAAAAAAUUGAGUUUUAAAAUCGAAUAUCUUCGCAACCUUUUGAUCAAUUUUCUCGCAUGAUGUAUCGUUUGAAAGCCCGAAUUUUGCACUUUAUACUCGUGACCGUUGCUAGGCAACCCGAUAAACACGCGCUAGACAAUCGUGCCCGGAAGUUGACGUGUCAUCCAGGGCGCAUGAGGGCGCAAUGAGACUUACCCCGUUCCCAAUUCCAGGGCGCAUGGGGGCGCAAUGAGACUUAAUGAGUUAAUAUUCAUAUCGUAGUCCAGUGCUCAUAUCGGAGUCCAGUUAUCGUAGUCCAAGUUUCAUGCUACGGAUGAGUUUCUGCAAAGUAAUCUUAGUCAGUCAAGCAACAGCGGUCUUUCGCAUGAAUUUCGACGGAUUCGGGUGUGGAAUCAAGCCAUCUGAUUGGUGGAUACGCUCAUCUCCAUGGAUACGACCAUUUGCGACGGAUCCGUGGGGAGGCCUGACGGAUUUGCACUAUCAGGGGCUCCAUAUAAACCUUGUGAUUGGUUAAUUUUAAAAAAUACUUCACUGUUAUUGGCUAAAAUUUUCGACGGAUUCGCAGCGUGGGAUAUUCGUCUCUACAGACUGAUCUGACUGCUUAGUGGUUAGUGGUUAUUUGUAUUCAAAGUAUCAAUAUACUAUAGUAAAGUCCGUGUUUCAGUAAAAACGAUAUAGUAUGCAGGAAUUCUAUCGCAUAACUAUUGCUCUGUUUGGAUGCCAUAGAAGACGAUUAAACAGCACAAAUUUCUGCCUCAACACUCGUAGCAUGUUCAUAAACGAAACAUAUAAACGGACGCGAAAAAGUGUGCUACAACUGACAGCGAUGAGGUAAAGAUAUUGCAUUGGUAUUUAUAUUAGUUAUACUGGUUUCGAGAGUGCGAUUGAUGUUUUAUAUUACCACAUAGUGAAUACGGAUAGCUAAAUUUAUAUAGGCCGUGCGAAUAUACUAGUAAUUCCGAAUAUUAUAAUAAUAAUAAUAUCUAGCUACAGCAGAAAUUUACAUAUUUCCGCGGUCGGUUGAAAGAUGGUUUAUAAAGUCAUAAACAUAUUACUAUUAGCAUUGUAUUUAUUCUUGAAUGGACGUAUCGUUAACAUGGGAGAUAUUUAUUAUAUCGACUAAGGACUAAAUCCAUGUCGCACUACAAAAUACUAUAAGUAUAAACAGUUGCUAAUGUUGUUUUGACAGCGUGGUCUGCUGCAUGUAAUUUAAUAUGUGCUUAUUCGACUGUGCGCACUCAAGGAUGUCGACCUGCUAUGGGUCUACACGCAUCCUAUUAAAACAUUGGCAUUGCAUAUUAUUAAAAAGCAUAUUGCAUAUAUGGAUAAAAGUAUUGUCGGGUACAAAAUAUAUAUUUAUGACAGUUUGUGUUUGCGUUCCUAUAUUGAUAAUGGCUACAUACUGCAUAUAUUUAUAACGGGCGAGACUGUUAUUUUUUACUUCGUGAUACUGUAAUUUCAUCAUUGUGAAUCAGGAAAUUAAAUGUAACAUACAUAUUAUUAAACACUGUUUUCUUGUCGCGGUUUAAUAAAUUAAUAUUAAAAAUAAUAAUAAUAUUAAAAAUAAUAGUCCUAAAAACGACACACCUGGAAAUGACAUUUAAUUUUUUGACUAACGUACGAAAAUUCCUGGAUCCGCCCCUUUAACUGGAGGCUAGUUUGUAUAAUAAAUUAGGUUCGUCCCCGACUUGGUUGACAAGACAAUUUCAUUAUUUCUAUAUAAUCCUGAAACCAUUGUCACCAGAUGAAACACAUUAAAUGCGUAAAAUUUCCACAGGCUCACUAAUGCAAACAGUUUCAUCUAAUUCACCAAUAGUUCGGUCUGUUUUCCUCACUUUUCCGUGAUAUGGUCUUUCCACGAGCACUUAGAGAUAUUUUCUUUCCCAGCAGCCACCGCAAGUAUAUUUGAUUUACCUAACUGACCAUUUUCGUUCUGCUGUUGUGAACCACAAUGUAUAUUAUGUCGUAGUAUCAUAAAAAAUAGUAUUUUGGCAACUUUAAAUCUUUCGUAACCGGCCAUUAUAUUAAUACAGGAAGACUGUUCAAGUGGCGAGGAAUCCAAGUCUGAAAGUGAAGAUGACGAAGCCGAAGGUAAAUUUCCAGGGCAUACUAAUGUAGAUUUAUUAUUACCAUUAUUAUUAUUAUCAGUGCAGUCUUUUGCAUUUCUCUACUUAUAUCCAUUGCAAAUCUUUCUCGUUGUUAAUAUCAUCUUAUAUCAUAUCUACUUAUAUCAUCUUUCGGUCGUUUCAUCCCUUUUCUUAAACAGCCAAUCACCGAUGUAUAACUAAUGGUAUAACGUUAUAUCUGUCCCGUCUUUCCCGUAAAUCAAAACAGAGCUGCUGAUACUUUCUUAUCUUCUCCUGUCGUUUUUCGUCUUUGUUCGAAUGAUUUGGCCAUGCCAUGUCUAUUUUCAUAAUCUCUUUUUUUCGCUCUCCUCAAGCGUCUGAUCGGGUCUCUUUAACUGCCGUGGAACUCAUGCUCACCCGAUGUUCCCAAACCCAAUUUAGCUUCUUCCCGCUGUUCUCAAUCACUUUUCCUUUCCCUCAUCUCUCUGUGUAUCGCCUCGUUCCUUGUUACUAUAUAGUAACAAUUCAUUAUCAUUCGCCCAUUUCACCGCCAGUACUAAUUUCAACUAUUAUCAUUAUGCUUCGCAAGGUUCCACAUGAAGUGUUUACCUACCUCACUCACCCCAUCAGGCAUCGGGCAAAUAAAUGAAAAAUCAGUACAUUCUAAUACCAGUCCUUCAAUACUUUUAAUGUUGUGAUGUUUCAGAUGGAAAUGAUGUUAAUAAACAUGCAAUGGCAAAUAAAUGUUUUGACAAAACAACAAAGAAAUCUGGAG